UUCUGCGUCUUCUAGUUGAAUUAACUGCAACUGUAAAGUCUAGUUUCGCGAAGAAGCUUCUACGCUUUUGAAAAUGAAAUCCACCAUCGUUGCUUUCGUCGCGAUCUUCGCCUUGGCUUUGGCCGUUCCGGUUCCGGAUAAGGAUGCGCAAACUCUGCGGUUCGAUAAUGACCACAAGGGAAUCGAUGGUUACAACUUCGAGGUCGAAACCAGCAACGGAAUCCGUCAGCAAGAACAGGCUGAGCUGAGGAGUUUCGGAGAUGACAACGCUGCAAUUGUGGUGCGCGGAUCUUACUCGUUCACUGCCGACGAUGGGCAGGUCUACACCGUGAACUACAUUGCCGAUGAGAACGGAUUCCAGCCGGAAGCCCCACAUUUGCCAAAGGCUUAAGAGUUUUUUUUUUUGAUGAUGGUUUGGAACGAUGAUUAAAAGAGUGUUGAAUGUUAAAGAUUACUUGUUGGCAGAAAUAUAGAAAUUGUGAUUU